AGUAGCAACCCGGGGUCGACGCUGACACAUUGACUCUGGUACCUCUAAAGUUUACGACGAACAACAUCACGAUGCGUUGCUGCGUGGCGGCGCUUUGGUUGUCGGCGCUGACGACAUUAGCGGCCGCUGCCGGGGACCUCGCCCCCGCCCCCGCCCAGAAUGACAACGAAAUAGAAUUAACAGAAGAAGAAAAACGAGCAUGGCAAAGCUUACACGGCGGCUGGGGCAAGAGGGGAUGGCAGGACAUGGGCUCGGUGUGGGGCAAGCGCGCCUGGCAGGAUCUCAACUCCGCCUGGGGCAAGCGCGCCUGGCAAGACCUCAACUCUGCUUGGGGCAAGCGAGCGUGGCAAGAUCUAAAUUCAGCAUGGGGCAAAAGAGGGUGGCAAGAUCUUAACUCAGCGUGGGGCAAACGCGCAUGGAAUGACAUGUAUCAAUCCCCAUGGGGCAAGCGUGGUUGGCAAGACUUGAACUCAGCAUGGGGCAAGCGCGGCUGGCAAGAUAUGAGCUCUGCCUGGGGUAAACGGGGCUGGCAAGACAUGAGCUCAGCUUGGGGCAAGCGAGGCUGGCAAGACAUGAGCUCGGCAUGGGGCAAAAGAGCACCUGAAAAAUGGGCAAACUUUCACGGAUCUUGGGGAAAGAGAUCAGGACCUGAGAUUGAUUACGAGGACUUGGAAAAUGUUAUCGAACAAUUAGUACCUGCACAACAGAUAGAAGAAGCCGAAAGGACGGUGUUGGAACAACCAGAGAAAAAAGCCUGGUCCGCCCUGCACGGGGCGUGGGGCAAGCGGCCCACCAAGCCACACAACAACAAUGAGGGCAGCGCGCCGACUGACGAGGCCUAGACGACCGGCACAUUUGUAAUAUAUUACUAGCAACAGUCAUAUCUAUAGAUACAACAUACUAUAUGUCCGCUUCGAUUUAUAUUUAAAGACUCAUGUUAAGAAUAAAAUUUCCAUGUUAAAUGUUAAAUAACAAUUCAUUUGGUAUAACCGUUACUCGUUCCCACUCAUUUCCGGUGGCAACCAUUAACGAUUAGACGGUUUAGUUUAUGUUAUUAAUGUUCCGUAUUAUAUUAAUAAAGUUUUUAAAAUUGCGUACAAAUGUAGCUCUACCUACGUCAUCUUCUAGAGGUAAUGUUAAAUCUGUAGUGUAUAAGCCAUGUAUACAAAUAUUUGUAACUGUGUUGAAUAUACUUUAGACUCUGAGCCGGUGUGACCACGUUACAUGCUAGUUAGGUACUAAUGAUAUUAAAAUUAAUUAAUUGUAUUUUAUUAGAGAGUUGAUGUGUAAAUUGUGACGAUACUUCUAAUGGAGUUAACUUUUGUCCAAUAAAAGUUUAUUCGGAGC